AUGGCUGCCACCAGCACCCUCGACAAACCUCGUCCCUUGCCGACCACGGUCCCGCAGCACCUCGCGAGAAGUGCUGAAUCUUGGCAUGGGACUAUCGCGCCGGACGGCCCCUUCACGCCGCAGAAGGACCGCUAUCAUCUCUACAUUGGCCUAUUCUGUCCGUUCGCGCACCGGGCGAACAUCGUUCGACACCUGUUCAAGCUGCAGGACGUGCUGCCAUUGUCGGUAGUCAGGCCGUACCCGAAAGGGGAUGAUAGUGGUUGGCCUGGUUGGCGAUUCCCAAAAACGGCUGACGAGUACCCCAAUGCCACAGUCGACCAUAUCUUUGGGAGUGAGUACUUGCAUGAAAUAUACUUCAAAGCCGAUCCGAAAUACAAGGGGCGUUACUCGGUACCGGCGCUAUGGGACAAGAAAACCAAUACCAUGGUGAACAAUGAGAGCGCCGAGAUGAUGCGGUGGCUGCAAAAGGCAUACGAUGGAGUUAUAGACACGGGCAGGGAAGCCAUGGCACUGUAUCCGCAACAUCUUCGAGGUGUGAUCGACGAAGUCAGCGAGUGGAUGCAACGUGACUUGAACGGCGGUGUGUACAAGGCGGGGUUUGCGGAAACGCAGGAGGAUUAUGAUAAAAAUGUUCUCCCGGUGUUUGCCGCAAUGAAUCGAGUGGAGAAGAUGCUGUUCGCAAAUGGCGGACCGUUUCUGCUGGGCAAGGCUCUGACGGAGCUGGAUGUGAGGGCAUACUGCACGUUAGUGCGCUUCGACCCAGUCUACGUCCAGCAUUUCAAGGUGAACUUGGGAACCGUCAGACAUGACUAUCCUCAGAUCAACAACUGGUUGAAGAUGCUCUACGAAAGCAUCCCCGGUUUCAAGGAGACGACAAACUUCAAGCAUAUCAAGGAAAACUACACCAAAAGUCACAGCGGCAUCAACCCCAAGGCAAUUACGCCUAUGGGACCGUAUCCGGAUGUCGAAGACGGCUGGGAAGCCGACGUUCAGAAGGUCAAGGUCGGGGGCGUUAUGAUGAAGGAGGUCUUGGAGCUGGAGAAGAAGCUGUCUGGAGGAUUUGUCAACAGCUGA